CGUGUCUACGACGGGAAGAUUCAGAAGGCUACCUACAAUUCUUUCCUCGACCACACUGAACUUACUUCCUUCCGAUUACUUCCUCAAUCGGACCCGACCUUUCUUGUCACAUAUUUUCCUUCAACCUUCAACUAAUCUUCAUGCGUAAUCCUUCCCCGUAUCGUUCACUUAGUCUUGCCCUUUCAUGAUAAGAAUAUCGCAUAGUCGACUGAUUGAAUUAGACUAUUGCUAUUCUCCGUUCUACUUCAAUUCUUCAGGUCGAAUCCAAGUCAACAUCCACUUGACAACUUUCGAGUUUCCCUAAACACGUUGAGCAAGUAAAUCGCGACAUCUUUCGCGCAUCUUUCGCCAUGGCUGAAGCCGAGAACGAGAAUUUGGAGAUAGAUCUCUUCGCGGACCUAUAUGACGAUGAUGGCGCUCCGGCCACGAUUCCAGCAGCACCUGCAACGCAACCGUCGACCUCUGCCCCUGCUCCUACUACUACUUCGUUCAAUCAGCAACAGCCAGUAGAGUCGUACAGUAGACCCGAGACCGAGCAGGAACACAACAAUGUAGUUCAUACUACUGAGGAGAACGGUUAUGGUGACGAGUACCAAGAUGACAACUAUGAUGAUGACGAUGAUGUUGACUUUAACUUGGGCAAUGGCCCUACUGGUGCCGUUACCACAGCUCAUUCUCAUCAAGAUGAUUCGUCUUCCGUAUUUCACACCACUCGAGGACCUAGUGCUAAAGAAGACGGAAAAAUGUUCAUUGGUGGCCUUAACUGGGAAACCACUGAUCAGAGCCUUCGUGAUUACUUCUCCCAAUUUGGCGAGGUGACAGAGUGUACUGUGAUGAGGGAUGGCGCCACAGGUCGAUCCCGUGGAUUCGGAUUUCUCACGUUCAAAGACCCCAAGACGGUGAACAUUGUUAUGGUCAAGGAACACUUCUUGGAUGGCAAAAUCAUUGACCCUAAGCGAGCAAUUCCUCGCGACGAACAAGAGAAAACAAGCAAGAUUUUUGUCGGAGGUGUCAGCCAGGACACGACUGAGCCCGAAUUUAAGGACUACUUCGCCCAGUUCGGCCGAGUUGUUGAUGCCACCCUCAUGAUGGACAAGGACACUGGCCGACCCAGAGGUUUCGGAUUCGUUACUUUUGAAAGCGAAGUCGGCGUCGAGGCGUGUCUCAGUACACACCUAGAGAUCCAUGGCAAGCCCAUCGAAGUCAAGAAAGCUCAGCCGCGAGGCAACAUGCGAGAAGAGGAAGAAGCCUCAAGACGAGGCAAGUUCAGAAAGGGCGGCCAAAUGGAGGACCAGACAACCACUCAGACUCAGAUGACCAACCAGAUAGGUCAGGCAGGAAUGACGCCGCAAAUGAUGGCUCAGUACAUGCAGCGAUUGCAGCAAGCCAUGACUAUGAUGCAGCAACAAAUAGUCAUGAACCGAAAUAUGGGGAUGGGAGGUAUGAACCCUGCCAUGAUGCAAAUGAUGCAGAUGCAACAAAUGCAGCAACUCCAACAGCAGAUGGCCCAGGGUGGAGGUCAGAAUUCUCCGAACAACCCGAUGGCGGCGAUGGCCAACAUGAACCCAGCUCUCAUGCAACAGAUGCAGCAGUUGCAGAGUCAAAUGAUGAACAACGGAGCCGGCAGCCCAGGUCAGGCCCAAAGUGAUGGGAGUCAACAGAGCUUUAACGAGUUCAAUCAACAGCAGAUGUUUAAUACACGCGGUAGCGGAGGCCGACGUGGUGGUCGUGGGGGAUACAACCAGAACUAUGGCAAUAUGGGUGGCGGGGAUCCAACCUCCUGGGAAGGCAUGUAUGAUGAUGUUCCCCAGCCCAACUUUAACCAAGGAGGCCGCGGGGGAUUCCAUCGUAGUAGAGGUUCCCAUCAGUCAAGUCCCGGGCCCGUCGAUCCUAACCAUGCACCUCCGGCCAACGCACCUACGGGCCCAAAGAAUGCGGGCAAACCUGGCGCAAACUAUCGUGGUGGAGGACGAGGUGGUAGCCGGGGAUUUCACCCUUACGGCCGCUAGAACCGUCGUAAAUAAAAGGGUUGUUUUUGCCCCUACAUCUCUCUCCACAUGGCGGUGCUUAUACGAACGAAGAAAUUCCACUGGCACAAGCUUUCAGGAGCUCAUGAGUCGAUCAGGCCUCGUGCGGCAAUAUGCGCAUCAAACACGACUGUCGUCGCUCUCGCCCAUAAUCAAUUUUUUCUUUCGCCACCCUCGACAUUUGCAAAUGACAGCACUCUACAACGGUCAUUUGCUUGUACCCAUACUUUACUCUUUCGCGCUCCAUAUCACGCAGUUUCGCAGUCGAGGAUAUCUAUGGCCCGGCCCUCUUGGCUUCUACGGUGGGAGAAGAGAUAGGCGUUUCUCUCUGCAGAUACGACUUGGCAUUUCAGAGGGGCCCGGUUCACUGGCUAGUGCUGGCUUUUACGAUUUCACUCGGACAGUUCCAUCGUUACACGGAUGGGUGGUCGAACCCAAUUGUAUGUAAAAGGGGUUCUUUGCUAUAGCCCGUAAUAAACGCGAUGCCUAUUGCAAAU